GAUCCCUCCAAAUUCCGGUGAUCCGCCCCGGUUCCAAAUUGCCAAACGAUCCCAGGUCCAGUGGCAGACUGAGCCAAGCCUCAACCAGGAAGGGCCUCUGACCGACUAGGACGCCAUCGCCACCAACCAUCUCGGAGAUCAGCCUAGGAUGAGAAUGCCAUUGACCUGGUGCAGCUGGUUCCUCCUCAGUGCCUGGAUCCUGAACACUGGGGCUGAGAUCUCCAUCACCCCCGAGCCUGCCCAACCUGCAGAGGGGGACAAUGUCACGCUGGUAGUCCAUGGGCUUUCGGGGGAACUGCUUGCCUACAACUGGUAUGCGGGGCCUACGCUCAGCCUGACCUUCUUGGUGGCCAGUUACAUUGUCAGCACUGGUGAUGAGACCCCCGGACCAGCCCACACAGGGCGGGAAGCUGUGCGUCCCGAUGGCAGCCUUGACAUCCACGGUGCCCUACUUGGGCACACAGGCACCUAUAUCCUGCAGACUCUUAACCGGCAGUUUCAGACGGAGGUGGGCUACGGACACAUGCAGGUCUAUGAGAUCCUGACUCCUCCCACGGUCAUGGCCAACGACACUGCGCUGGUGGAGCGUAGGGAUACCCUUCGUCUCAUCUGUAGCAGCCCCAGCCCCGCCGAGGUCCGCUGGUUCUUCAAUGGUGACGCUCUGCCCGUGGCUGUCCGCUUGGGCCUGUCCCCUGAUGGCAGGAUGCUGACCCGGCAUGGCAUCCGCAGAGAGGAGGCAGGCGCCUACCAAUGCGAGGUGUGGAACCCGGUCAGCGUCAGCCGCAGCGAGCCGCUGAACCUGACGGUAUACUUCGGCCCUGAACGAGUGGCUAUCCUCCAAGACUCUACCACCCGCACGGGCUGCACUAUUAAAGUGGACUUCAACACGUCCCUCACCCUGUGGUGUGUGUCCCGGUCCUGCCCUGAGCCAGAGUACGUGUGGGCCUUCAAUGGGAAGGCCUUGAAGAAUGGUCAGGAUCAUCUGAACAUCAGCGGCAUGACGGCAGCCCACGAGGGCACGUACACGUGUAUCGCUAAGAACUCCAAGACGCUGCUGUCCGGCUCUGCCUCAGUGGUGGUCAAGCUGUCUGCCGCAGCUGUAGCCAUGAUGAUUGUUCCUGUACCGACUAAGCCAAUGGAGGGCCAGGAUGUGACCCUGACUGUCCAAGGGUACCCCAAGGACCUGCUAGUCUACGCCUGGUACCGUGGACCUGCCUCGGAGCCCAACCGACUGCUCAGCCAGCUGCCGUCAGGGAACUGGAUCGCCGGCCCAGCGCACACAGGUCGGGAGGUGGGCUUUGCCAAUUGCUCACUGCUGGUCCAGAAGCUGAACCUCACAGAUGCCGGACGUUACACACUCAAGACCGUCACACUGCAGGGCAAGACCGACACUCUGGAGGUGGAGCUACAGGUGGCCCCCCUGGAGUAACCACCGCCGCCUCUUCAGCAGCAGCGCAGGCCGCUGAGACCUGGAGAAAAACGUGCCCUAGCAGCAUCUCCCCGCAUCCGCCCCUGAGCCCAGGACCGUUCACCCGCAGCACGGAUGCGGGCCAUGGUCCUGCCAUCCUGCCUCCAUAUAGACUUAGUGCCGAGCUGUGGGAGAGCUGCCCCGUCUAUAAACGUCCCAAUGAACGCA